GGGUUUGGCCAUGGUCAGACUCUGCUCUAUAAAAAUGUCAUUCCCUUCAGACUGUACUCACUGCAACAGCAGCUUGCAGUGAGAAGAAAUCUGAGUCAGCAUCUGUUAGACGUCCUUCUUCACCACAGCAGGUAAAGUACAAGGAAAUAACCUCAGUACAGAGCUGAAAUGAUGAACCAAAGGAGACUCCCCCCUCUGUUCCUCACUGUCAUCCUCUGCCUCUCACCAUGGCCCACCUCUGGAGACACGUGCACCGACGACUGUCCAUUAAAACAUUACACCUCCGAUCAUGAUGAGCAGUGUUAUGACGGCUGUGAAGAGCGAGGGUACGACUACCACUGGUGCCACUCCACAAAGGGCUGGGGUUACUGCUCCCCAAGAAAAGAUGUUGAUGACAAAGGCAACGCCUGUGAUGAAGACUAUCCCUGUAACAAAUAUGGAGGAGAUUAUUACUCGUGUCGCCUGGAAGAAAGGAGGCUGGGGCAGAUGUGGCCGAGUGGAGUCAAAGACAACGAUUCAUCAAACCAUAAAUCUGAAGGACUGCACUGAUGACUGUCAGUAUCAUGAGUCUGGGAAGUACUUCUGGUGCCACACUGAAGAUGGCUGGGACUACUGCUCUUCUAAUCCAGACCACACCUACAAAGACGUGACCUGUCGCCCAAAUCACAAGUGUGGAGCCUAUGGCCAAACUUACAGCUGGUGCUACACAACAGACAACGAUGACUGGGAUUACUGUGGACUCAUCAGUACCAGAGAGUGCAAAUGUACCCCACAACACCGCACCAAACGGGCACCUCCUCGAAGACAGAUCGAGAGGAGGGGGGACCAGAACGGGAGACAGAUCACUUUCUACAACGAAGGAGGCCAAAAUAACUUUGCACAAUCCAACAGACGCUUAAACGAUGAAGCACGUAAUUUAAUUAACCAAUGGGACCAGCAGGACUUGGGCACCCAGGGCAGGACAGUGAUUACAUCAGAUCAUCUUCGCAUUGACCUGCAGGGAGUGAUAACCAGAGGUAAUCAGCGGUAUUAUAACCUGCAAAUCCAGAUUAACGUGCCCAGGGCAGGAAGGAGCACCACUCUGUCACAGAUCAUAGUUCCUUUUGGAACUUCAGCUGCAAACAUGCGGUGGGCCUUUAACUACAGUUUAACCAAUGGGGUCAGGGUUGCUGGGGAAUUCACCUAACCAUUCAGCUCAAAUAACAACAAAACAAAAAAAGCAUGAAGCUCUCUAUUAGCAAACUUUAUUUCCUUUUCAGCUGAUGAAUGAGUCACUCAGCACCAGACGUUUCAUCAGAUAAUGAGCUUGCAUUAUUCAGUUUUUAUUCUUUUGCUAAAUUGUGGGAAAACAAACCUCUGUAACAUUAUAUCUAUGAAGAUUACUGUACUCUGCUCAAUUUUAUUUCAUUUGUGCUGUAACAGUAACUACAUAGUCAUUCCUCCAUUGUGCAUCUGAUUUCUGAUAUUCAUUGUGAACAGUUUUGGAUACAAAUGUAAGUCUAUGAUCAUUUUAUUUGAGGCUAUAAUGAGCAACUCUUUCGUGAAACAGUUCUUAAUAGACUAUGACUUGUUUCUAUUCUCUUUAAAUACAAUUCUUAUGUUUUAUUUUCAAUGUAUAUCCAUGCCUCUGUAAAGUUCUUUGAAUGGCUUUGUGUCUGAAUGGUGAUAUAUAAAUAAAGCUGCCUUGCUGAAGCACAUUACAA